AUGUUGAGAAAAGAGAGAAAGAGCGAAAGAGAGAGAGCAUUUAUAGAGAAUGGAAGCAGGGUACUUGAGAAGCUGGUUUCCACUUGUAAUGGCAAGCCUAUUCCCAUCCGUACCUUUUCCUUUGCAGAGUUGAGCAACGCCACAAAUAACUUUGAUCCUCAACUUGUUAUACGUGAAGUGUGGCCUUAUCAAUGGUACAAGGGUUAUCUUGAAGGCCGAACUAUUUCCAUUAAGAAAGCGAUACAUGACUGUGCAAGGGAGGAGGCGUUCACUGAUUUAGCAUUUUCUGCAAAGGUGAGUGCUCACAAGAAUGUUCUAAAGCUCGUUGGUUACUGCCUCGAGACUCCAAUUGUCAUUUUAGUGUAUGAAUUUGCUGGGAAGGGAACCCUGGGGGAUCUUAUUCUCGCCGAUAAUGAGCCCCUGACGUGGGAGAGUAGGCUAAAGAUGGCAAGAGAGAGUGCUCAUGCAAUUUCAUAUCUCCACACAGCAUUCUCUAGACCCAUCAUCCAUACCGAGAUUGGACUACAUAAUAUCUUCAUAGACUGCCAUGGGGUUCCAAAACUAACUGGUUUUUCAAAUUCUUUAAUAAUCCCCGAGGGUGAAACUCAUGUCAAGGAUGAUUCUGAUGAAUGGGAAUUUAUGAGGAUUAUGAGAAAACUAUGUCCCAAGUAUUGGGAGACGGGGUGCAUAACAGAGAAAACUGACGUCUAUUGCUUCGGUGGUACUCUCUUGCAAAUUUUUACUACAAAUACAAUGGUGGAUUCUGCAAUCCUGGCAGGGGAAUUAAGAGGAGCUGGAGUGGAACAGCAAUUCCAAGCUGUGCGGGACCUUGCUUUCAGGUGCAUGGAGGAGGAGCCUAUGGAAAGACCAACCAUGGUCGAUGUUACCAAAGAACUCAGACGAAUCGAAAAGUCUAUCCCGUUGAUUAAAAUGUCUUCUUCUAGGGUGGGACGUAAGCGACGCAAUCUAGCUAAAACUAGUAUCAGUCCAGGCAGGGAGAGGACUGUUUCAGUAGAGCGACAAGUGAAACUUUCUGACUUCCAGAGUCUUGUCUGGGAGGGUCAUUCCCUGCCAUCAGUCUCUUCAGCGAACGUGGUUGGGGACCUAUCUUAG